UUGGCCGGCGAGCCGCCUAGGCACCUCGCGCUUCCCCAUCCCUUUUUGGUUUUGAUGCGACACACUUCUUCUCCCAGCCUCUCUUUUAUUUUGUGUUUGGAGCAACGCGAACGGCCGCCUGGAACAUCUUCUAAGGCCGCUUUACAAGCGCGUUCGAGGAGCAUUUAUCCGGCUAGGCAGCCAGCCAGUACCGCGAUGGCGGAGGCGGAGGAGCAAAAACAGAAGCAGCAGCGACAACAACAACAGCAGCAGCAGCAAAAGCCCCCAUCCAUCAGCGGCUCUCCGAUGGAGGCCUCCUGCAGGGAAGACGCGUUCGACCACACGUACGAGGAGAAGCAAGGCCCCAAGCCGCCCAGGAUCGUCGUGUGGAGGAACGUCGUCCUCAUGACCCUGUUGCAUCUCGGUGCCGUGUACGGCUUGCUCCUCGUCCCCAGCGCCUCGCUCCCCACGCUGCUCUGGUCCAUGCUUUGCUUUUUGAUAAGUGCUUUAGGAGUGACCGCGGGGGCUCACCGCCUGUGGAGUCACAGGUCCUACAAGGCCUCGCUACCUUUAAGGAUCUUCCUGGCCCUGGCCAACUCCAUGUCCUUUCAGAACGACAUCUACGAGUGGGCCCGCGACCACAGGGUCCACCACAAGUACUCGGAGACGGACGCGGACCCGCACAACGCCGUGCGCGGCUUCUUCUUCGCCCACAUCGGCUGGCUGCUGGUGCGCAAGCACCCGGACGUGAUCGAGAAGGGACGCAAGCUGGAGCUCCACGACCUGCUGGCCGACAAGGUCGUCAUGUUCCAGAGGAAGCACUAUAAGUUCUCCGUACUGCUCCUGUGCUUCUUCGUGCCCAUGUUCGUGCCUUGGUACUUUUGGGGCGAGUCCCUGCGGGUGGCCUACUUCGUGCCGGCGCUGCUGCGCUACACGUUGGUGCUCAACGCCACCUGGCUGGUCAACAGCGCCGCACACAUGUGGGGCAACCGGCCGUACGACCAGAGCAUCAACCCCCGGGAGAACAAGUUCGUCACAUUCAGCGCCAUAGGCGAAGGCUUCCACAACUACCACCACACGUUCCCGUACGACUACGCCACCAGUGAAUUCGGCUGCAAGUUCAACCUGACCACCUGCUUCAUCGACUUCAUGUGCUUCCUGGGCCUCGCCAAGGACCGCAAACGAGUGUCCCAUGAGAUGGUUCUGGCCCGAGUGCAGCGCACUGGCGACGGCAGCUACCGCAGUGGCUAAAAUGCGAAAGAGCGCCUCGACCUCGCCGAGCUUGAAACGGGAAAAUAAAAACCUCCACGAGUC